GGGACCCGGCCGACCUCACCCACACGGAGCAAAUAACCCCUUCUUUGAGGUUGCUCGAUCCAUCCAUCCAUUCCAUCCAUCCGCUGGAAGAGUCGCAGAAAUGGCCAAACGCACCAAGAAGGUUGGAGUGACCGGAAAGUACGGUACCCGUUACGGUGCCUCCCUGCGUAAGCAGGUGAAGAAGAUGGAAAUUACCCAGCACGCCAAGUACACGUGCACUUUCUGCGGAAAGGACGCUGUCAAGAGGCAAGCUGUCGGUAUCUGGAAGUGCAAGGGCUGCAGGAAGACUCUUGCCGGUGGAGCAUGGACUGUUGGUACCACCGCCGCCGCCACCGUUCGCAGCACUGUUCGUCGUCUUCGCGAACUCACUGAGGCGUAAAUGGUUUACUCCAUUAUUUACUCUCGCUCACACCCGCCUCUCACCCCCUCUACCUGUCCAUAUAUUCUUUUCUUGAGGAAUAAACAAAUAAGCAACGUGUUGUGCGUUGAGUGCCAAAUCUGA